AUGAUAUUCUCUCACAUCUUGCAACCAAUAUUAGAUCUAAUUCGAAUUGCUUCUCAGCAAACAAAUAUAUCACCCAAAACAGCCCCAGAAGAGAUACAACUAGAAGCAGAAAUUUUAUGGCCAAAUCCUAUAGAAAUUAAUUUUAUUCGUAAAAUUAUUCUUAAUGAUGAUAAUUUCUUGCAAAGCAAGUUAUUAGAUGAUAAAUUAGAGAUGAGUCAAAGACUCAAAGCUCAGCUUUCUCAAGACUUUACCUUUUCUUUGAAUCAUGACCUGG